AUGAUUACAAUCGUCUUGGCAGUGUCGGCGCUCCCACUCCUCGCUAGCCUGAUAUUAACCUCGUCCGAGAGUCAGGCUGGUUGCGAAUGGCGACACAACAUAUCAGGUAUACAUGGAAUGAGAGAUUUAAGUGGUUUAGGCUUAACAUAAAACAAAAUUUUUAAAUUUCAAAUUUUUUAACUUAAAAAUUAAAAAAUUAUAUUAUUCUUUUCAGAAUCAGAAUCCCUGACGAUAUCUCAACAAGACACGUUAGAGAACUGUCUCUAUUACAAACUGGCACAAUCUCAACCUAGCCAUAUUGAGUUUAUACAGGAUCCACCAUGGGAAUAUCCAUUGGUUAUUGGAGUGGACAGCUUCUUGGUACAUCAAGUCGACUUGGUAUGUUACACUUGAUAGUAAGAUAUCUUUGGUUUUAGAUGAAGAAAGACUCGUCUCAGUUUAACAUUCACGGAGAUUUGCUGAUCGUAAGUUCUGUACAACUAUAACAACAUCAAUAAGUAAACUGUUAAGUUGUUCAAAUAAUUAUGUGCCCCCCAAAUCCAAAAACUUACUUUAAGAGAAAACACAAAAUUGUUUGUGAGGGGGCACAGAACUAUUUAAACAACAUAAUAAUUCAAUCUUAUAGAAGUAAAAGUAGAUAUUUGUAAAUGUUUCUUAGCUUACAGCUAUAUAAUAAUAGUACCUACUGUAAUAUAACCCUUUAGCGCUGGAACGACACCCGUCUAGAAUGGAAUCAGACCGAAUGGAAGAUGGAAGAGUUUGCACUCCAUGAUAAUCACCACAUCUGGACCCCACACUUCAACGAGGAUUCUGAAUGUAGCAAUUCUGAUGGAUGUAUCGCUCGCAUUUUAGACAUUGAGAUACGAUACGACGGCACGGUGAAUGCCAGAUUCACGUUCAGAUUCCCAGCGUUCUGUGGAAUCGACUUUUACAAAUAUCCUGAGGAAACAAACGACUGUUGUCUGCUACUGACGCUACAGGAGAUCGAACGGAAGGUGAAGUUCGAUCUGAAGACAAAGGAGAGGUCGAGUAUCAAGAAGCCAGUAGCGCUGACAACGAUAGAAAGUGAUGGAAGUACGAAGGUGUUCAAGAAUGUGGAGACUUCUAUUUGGACGGUUACUGUAAGUUUUAGGAUAAGUAAGACUCUAUAAUAAGGCAAUAUCUUCUUGCAUUAUAUAUUAUAGUGCACACUAUUGUAAUAUAUAAUAGCAAUGGUUUCAAAAUAAAUUUGUUUUUGCUGACGUCUCUAAAUCAAUAAAGAAUAAUGCUACAACAAUAUACCGAUUUCUUUUAGGACCGAAUAGUAGAUGUAGCCAAGAUCGGAGGUUACCGUAACGAAUUCCUUCGUCUCUGUGUACACGCCAAGAAAGAGAUGAGUACGUUGAAGAUCGCUCUACGUAUCCCAGUCACCAUUGCCACCAUGUUGAUGUUGGUGUCGCCGUUGUUCGGUGAUCUGCGAACCCAGUCGUUCGUGAAGCUGGUGACGUUGACGCUUCAGACCGUCUGUUUCUUGUUUUUAUGCUCCAUUGCUCCGGAAAACGGAUUCGGCGGAAACAAGCCUAAGAUUUGUAAGUUACGUCAUCAAAUUUAAAACUUUUUAAAAUUCAUGCUUUUAAGUAAAUAUGAUGAUAAAUAUUUAUGUAAAUUGCAAUGGUGAAGGCAUUAUUAGUGUGUUUUGCCAUGACUUUUCUAAAUAUUAGAUUACUGUAACUUUAGAACUACUUUGUGCGACUUACUGUAUCUUUUGAUUUUUAUAACAAAUUACCGUAACUUUUGACUCUUAUGACAACUUACAGUACCUCUUGACACUUAUAAUAACUUACAGUACCUUUUCAGACACUUUCUACGAGUUUCUGUUCUUCGUCAGCUUCCUCUCCAUCCUCAUUACCUUGGUGUGCCUAGCCUUAUGUCGAGUACGUCGUACUGUACCACCGUCUCAUUUCCUGUAUCUCAGUGCCAAACUCAUCAACAGGUUCUUCUGUUGCAUCGAACCAGAACAAAACAACUCUUAUCAACGACAUCUUGAGGACACAUUCGACCGACCGGACAGUGACCGUGCUGCUACUACAGUAGACUACACUCACGAGUGGCGACACAUCUACAUCGCGGCCAACAAUCUUUUCUCGGGUCUGUCAUUCAGUGUGUUCUGCUUUGUCAUCAUCUUCGAAAUCAUGUGA